CUAAUAGUGACAAACACUAUUGGUCAACUUUGUUUCAGAUGUCACAGUUUAUCGGAAGAGUCAAUGUAGCCUUAUUUGGACUUGGUCGCGCUGGUCUCAUUCAUUUUGAAAACUUAAUAGCGAGCUAUAGAGUGGCUCUGAAAUGGAUUAUUGAAGAGGACGUGGAAAAAGCAAAUAAUGUAGUACAGAAAUAUAUGUUGAAUGAUACCAGAGUGAUACAUGGUAAUGAAAUAAAUCUUGUCUUGCAGGAUAACAGUAUUGACGCAGUUAUUAUCUGCACACCCACUUGGACGCAUGAAUCAAUAAUACGGGCUUCAAUAAAAGCAGGUAAACAUGUGUUUUGUGAGAAGCCGAUUGGUAAGUCGAUUGCUAGCACACAGAGCUGCUAUGAGGAAGCACAGAAGAACAAUAAAGUCCUUCUGUGUGCAUUCAACAGACGGUUUGAUCCAGGAGUACGUCAGGUCCAGCAAAAAAGCAGAAAUGGUGUAGUAGGACAGAUACAACACAUCAAGACAAUCAGUCGCGAUGCUCCAUUACCACCAUUAUCAUUUUUAAAACUAUCUGGUGGUAUAUUCCAUGAUUGCGCUGUGCAUGACAUAGAUGUUAUAUGUUGGAUAAUGGGAGAUACACCAACUACCGUUUAUACUCAAGGCCACGCAUUCAAUCCCGAUAUUGCAGAUAUGGACGAUAUUGACACAGUCGCCAUUACAAUGAAGUUUGCAAGUGGAGCCAUAGGCACCAUUGAUUUGAGCAGAUUCGCUGCGUAUGGAUAUGAUCAAAGGCUUGAGGUGUUCGGCAACAAAGGAAUGGUACAGAAUCAUAAUUCCAAGUUUUGUGAUAUGUCUAGUCAUGGAACCGGCGGGGAAUCCUUGCAUCCUAUUCUGCCGUCAUUCAAAGAAAGAUAUGCACAAGCCUACCAACAAGAAUUAGAACACUUCUUGGACACUGUAACCGCUUUGUUGCCAUCAGAGCUGACAGACAGAGCUGUUAGUAUAG